CACAAUGAUUUGUUACUUCCAAAUGUUUAUUUUAUUAACGUCCUUAUUCCUUUGUUUUGGAGAGAUAAUUGCAAAUGGAGAGGCGGGUCAUAAUAAUGAAGAAAUUGGAAUGGAAAAAAGAAUGCUUUCAUAUGCCGAUUUAAUGAACAAUUUUGGAGGACCAAGUGCCCUCGAUUUGGCGGGUCAGGGCCUCCUUAUAGACGAUGAAAGACCAAAACGAGAACAAAAUUAUAAUAAUGACGAUGUACAUAUAAUGACUCUUUGGAAGCGAUCACCUUCCUAUGGACCUUCUUUCUUUAACACAGCUGGAGAUUUGACUAAAAAGGAUGACUUUAUUGCGCCAGGAGUUUUGAGAUUCGGGAAAAGAAUGCCUGGGGUACUUCGGUUUGGGGUACUCCGUUUUGGCAAAAGACAAUCUCAAGAGAGUGGAGCAGUCCCAGGCGUGCUCAGAUUCGGUAAAAGAAUGCCUCAAGUCCUCCGAUUUGGAAAAUAA